AUGAAGGUGAUUCUCACAGGCUCAACGGGCUUUGUCGGCCGCGAAGUCCUAUCCCAAUGUCUACAGCAUCCCGCAAUCACCUCCAUCGUAGCGCUAAGCCGGCGUAACUUGCCAGCACACGAGAAGCUCCAAGUUGCGAUCGUUGAAGAUUUUCUUACCUAUUCCGAGUCAGUCCGAGAGGAAAUCAAGGAUGCCGAUGCAUGCAUUUGGACAUUGGGCAAGGCUCGCAUGCCCGAUAAUGACACUGCUCAACGCGUGAGUCUGGAUUACACACUAACCGCAGCCCGAGUCUUCCAAGAGACCUGCCAGACACCAUUUCGUUUCAUAUACUGUAGCGGCGCUGCAGCUGAGAGAGAUCAGACCAAGCCGCUGUGGUUCAUGCAGGAUUACCGACGCAUCCGGGGUCAAGUCGAGAAUGAAAUCUUGGAAUUCGCUCGUGAUUACACCGGUUUCGAGGCGCAUAUCAUGCGACCUGCUAUGGUGUUGGCUCGUGAUAUGAGCCUGAGAAGUCUUGCGUUUAGUCUUGGGCCGUCAGUCAAGGUUGAUGACCUUGCCCGGACUAUGUUGGAUUUGGCAUUGAUCGGUGGGCAGAAGAAUAUAUGGGAAAAUGCCGAUAUGAAACAGAGGUAUGAUAGCUAA